AUGCAUGAGAUCAAAUGCUUCCUAGAUUUCAAAGCAGGAGGUUCCCUGUGCCACAUACUUGCAGCUGCCUACAAAUUCAAGAGUGACCAGGGAUGGCGGCGUUAUGAUUUCCAGAAUCCAUCACGGGUGGACCGCAACGUGGAAAUGUUCAUGACCAUUGAGAAGUCUUUGGUGCAGAACAACUGCCUAACUCGACCAAACAUCUUUCUGUGUCCGGAAAUUGAGCCCAAACUGCUAGGGAAAUUAAAGGACAUUAUCAAGAGACACCAGGGGACAGUCACUGAGGACAAGAACAGCGCCUCUCAUGUCGUGUACCCUGUCCCAGGGAACCUAGAAGAAGAGGAAUGGGUACGACCAGUCAUGAAGAGGGAUAAGCAGGUUCUUCUGCACUGGGGCUACUAUCCUGACAGCUACGACACGUGGAUCCCCGCCAGUGAAAUCGAAGCCUCUGUGGAAGAUGCCCCGACGCCUGAGAAGCCCAGGAAGGUUCACGCCAAGUGGGUCCUGGACACGGACACCUUCAACGAGUGGAUGAACGAGGAGGACUAUGAAGUCAGCGAUGACAAGGGCCCCGUCUCGCGCCGGAAGAAGAUUUCCGCCAAGACGCUGACAGAUGAGGUGAACAGCCCAGACUCCGAUCGACGGGACAAGAAGGGGGGGAACUAUAAGAAGAGGAAGCGCUCCCCGUCUCCCUCACCCACCCCGGAAGCUAAGAAGAAAAAUGCUAAGAAAGGCCCCUCAACGCCUUACACCAAGUCUAAACGGGGCCACCGGGAAGAGGAGCAGGAAGACCUGACCAAGGACAUGGAUGAGCCCUCACCUGUCCCCAACGUAGAAGAGGUGACUUUGCCCAAAACAGUCAGCACGAAGAAGGACUCGGAGGCAGCCCCGGUCAAAGGCGGCACCAUGACUGACCUGGACGAACAGGAGGAGGAAAGCAUGGAGCCUGCAGGCAAGGAUGAGGAUGAGAACAGUACGGGGAACAAAGGGGAGCAGACCAAGAACCCAGACCUGCACGAGGACAACGUGACAGAGCAGACCCACCACAUCAUCAUCCCCAGCUACGCGGCCUGGUUUGACUACAACAGUGUUCAUGCCAUCGAGCGGAGGGCUCUCCCCGAGUUCUUUAACGGCAAGAACAAGUCCAAGACUCCGGAGAUCUACCUGGCCUAUCGAAACUUCAUGAUCGACACCUACCGACUGAACCCCCAAGAGUACCUCACCUCCACGGCCUGCCGCAGGAACCUGGCGGGUGACGUCUGUGCCAUCAUGAGGGUGCAUGCCUUCCUAGAACAGUGGGGUCUUAUUAACUACCAGGUGGAUGCUGAGAGCCGGCCAACCCCAAUGGGGCCUCCACCCACCUCCCACUUCCAUGUCUUGGCAGACACGCCAUCAGGGCUGGUACCCCUGCAGCCCAAGACCCCACAGGGCCGCCAGGUUGAUGCUGAUCCCAAGGCUGGGAGAAAGGGCAAAGAGCUGGAUGAACUGGUGCCCGAGACGGCUAAGGGCAAGCCAGAGCUGCAGACUUCUGCUUCCCAGCAAAUGCUCAACUUCCCCGACAAAGGCAAGGAGAAACCGGCUGACAUGCAGAACUUUGGGCUGCGCACUGACAUGUACACCAAGAAGAACAUCCCCUCGAAGAGCAAAGCUGCGGCCAGUGCCACCCGCGAGUGGACGGAGCAGGAGACCCUGUUGCUCCUGGAGGCGCUGGAAAUGUACAAAGACGACUGGAACAAAGUGUCGGAACACGUGGGAAGCCGCACGCAGGACGAGUGCAUCUUGCAUUUCCUUCGCCUGCCCAUCGAAGACCCGUACCUGGAGGACUCGGAGGCCUCCCUGGGCCCCCUGGCCUACCAGCCCAUCCCCUUCAGUCAGUCGGGCAACCCCGUCAUGAGCACGGUGGCCUUCCUCGCCUCGGUGGUUGAUCCUCGCGUCGCCUCAGCUGCUGCCAAGUCGGCCCUCGAGGAGUUCUCCAAGAUGAAGGAAGAAGUGCCCACAGCCCUGGUGGAGGCCCACGUUCGCAAAGUGGAAGAAGCAGCUAAAGUGACAGGCAAGGCAGACCCAGCCUUUGGCCUGGAGAGCAGUGGCAUUGCGGGAACCACCUCGGACGAGCCUGAGCGUGUCGAGGAGAGCAACACUGAAGAGGCUCGGGUGGAGGGCCAGGCCACAGAUGAGAAGAAGGAGUCCAAGGAACCCCGAGAAGGAGGGGGCGCCACCGAGGAAGAAGUGAAGGAGAAGAGCAGUGAGGCUCCCAAGAAGGAGGACGAGAAGGGGAAAGAAGGUGACAGUGAGAAGGAGCCGGAGAAGGGCGAUGGGGACCCAGGAGUGGAUCCCGAGAAGGAGAAGGAGCCAAAGGAAGGCCAGGAGGAAGGACUUAAGGAAGUGGUGGAGUCAGAGGGAGACCGGAAGACGAAGGUGGAGCGGGACAUUGGUGAGGGCAACCUGUCCACCGCAGCGGCCGCUGCCCUAGCCGCUGCCGCCGUCAAAGCCAAGCAUCUGGCUGCCGUGGAGGAGAGGAAGAUCAAGUCGCUAGUGGCCCUGUUGGUAGAGACUCAGAUGAAGAAGCUGGAGAUCAAACUGCGGCACUUUGAGGAGCUGGAGACGAUCAUGGACCGGGAGCGUGAAGCGCUGGAGUACCAGAGGCAGCAGCUGCUGGCCGACAGACAAGCCUUCCACAUGGAGCAGCUCAAGUACGCCGAGAUGCGGGCCCGACAGCAGCACUUCCAGCAGAUGCACCAGCAGCAGCAGCAGCCACCGCCAAGCCUGCCCCCCGGCUCCCAGCCCCUCCCACCCUCGGGGGCCUCUGGGCCACCCUCAGUCCAUGGCUUGGCCAUGGCUCCGGCCUCAGUGGCCCCGGCCCCUGCUGGCAGUGGGGCCCCACCCGGAAGCCUGGGCCCCUCUGAACAGAUUGGGCAGGUGGGGCCACCUGCAGGGCCACAGCAGCAGCAACCAGCGGGAGCCCCCCAGCCUGGGGCAGUCCCACCAGGGGUACCCCCCCCUGGACCCCAUGGCCCCUCACCGUUCCCCAACCAACAAACUCCUCCCUCAAUGAUGCCAGGGGCAGUGCCAGGCAGCGGGCACCCAGGCGUGGCGGGUAAUGCUCCUUUGGGUUUGCCUUUUGGCAUGCCGCCUCCUCCUCCCCCUGCUCCAUCCAUCAUCCCAUUUGGUAGCCUCGCCGAGUCCAUCAGUAUUAACCUUCCCCCUCCUCCUCACCUGCAUGGGCAUCACCACCACCUCCCGUUCGCUCCGGGCACUCUCCCCCCACCUAACCUGCCUGUGUCCAUGGCGAACCCCCUACAUCCUAACCUGCCGGCGACCGCCACCAUGCCAUCCUCCUUGCCUCUCGGGCCGGGGCUCGGAUCCGCCGCAGCCCAGAGCCCUGCCAUUGUGGCAGCUGUUCAGGGCAACCUCCUGCCCAGUGCCAGCCCACUGCCAGACCCAAGCACCCCACUGCCUCCAGACCCCACAGCCCCCAGCCCAGGCACGGUCACCCCUGUGCCCCCUCCACAGUGAGGAGCCAGCCAGCCAUCUCUACCCCUCCCCCUCUCCCAUGGAGAUCCAGGUUCCGGGAACAGCCCUCCCCCCAGACCACUGGGACCCCUUCCCAGCCUGGAGACUCCGUCACUACGUAAGGAAAGCUCCUCCUGCCCUCCAGAGCCCCACCAUGCCUGUGUGUGCCUCAAAGGCACGUGCUUUGAGUCGGAGUGUUCGCCUUCCCGUUGGACAGUGGUCUCCAAUGUCUGAGGAGGCUGGGAUGCGGGGGAGGCUGCCCUCCAAGGGCGGGCUGUGGAAGGUUAUUUAUACAAGGCAAUCGCCGUGUCUAAGGGCACGCUCCCCAAAACUACUGCAUUUUUUACGAAUGGAAAAAAAAACCCCACAAUUGGAACCUCCCUCACCCACUAAAAAGUAAUUUACAUGGUCUUUUGAGGGAGUGACAGGGAAUUAGGUCUGGGCAGAGCUCUGGGCAUAGACUAGGGUGCAGAAACUGCCCCCACUCAACCCCACCCCAUGUCCCUCCACUCCCUAACUCCUGUGUUGGCGCUGGUAGGCGCCGCCCCGAGCUCAGCCCGUGUUUUCAAGUCAGCUGCUUAGUUGAUGUGAGCUUGUGUAUUUUGGUGGGGAGCACGUUUGGGGGGGGGCUGCUGUGGUAGGUAACAGGUGGGAAGGGCACUCAGAGCUGUUCUUGCUCCAGCCCCUGCCCUGAUGAGGGGGGUCUCAGGAGGCAGGAAAAGGGGGAGCUGUGGGGCUGGCAAACGUGUGACUUCUGAAGUUUUCAAAAAGCACUUAGGUCCCUACUUACAACUCAGUGGGCCACCCCUGCCAUCAUCUCCCCUCACCCGCCAAGACCACCAGACCCUCGACUGGUAGCCACGGCUAAGGAAAUGGGGAUUGGGGGGCAGCAGGGGAGGGGCCUCCCAGCCUAGGGGAGCACCAGUCACAUCCUUGGCUUAGGGCCCCCGCCCCCCCUUCACCCUUAUGAAGGCAGAUGUGAUUCCAGACGACACCCACCUCCUGCCCCCAGCAGCCCCGUCCUUCAUGUCCCAGUGUUUCUCUUCCUGUGUCUUGGCACCUUCCUUCUGUUGAAAAUUUUCUGUACAUUUUUUUUUUUAUAAAUUAAUUUGCUUUCA